CCUUCGGUAACGUUUGUUGUAUCUCAGGGACAGCAUGAUAUCCGUAUAGUCCCAUUGGAUGGCGUGCAAAUGAACCGAUCCAAUAACGUACCCAGUGGCACAUGUGUUACCGACUCCCGUGCUAUUUCGAUGAGCAAUUCCGAAGUCCUGUACCUAAAUGCCCAGUGUCUUUCGCAGGGAACGUCCAGGCCUGUAUACUACAGAUGUCUUCUAAACGAGACAAAGCUUACCCGAUCACUCUUAAAGAAUCUCACGUACCAGUUUAGUUUUCAAUACGGGACUGCCACAAAGUCUGUACGCAAUGUUCCGGUGCUUCAGUAU